AUUUGCUAUUCACUUUUUACAUUUAGUACAUUCCACAUGCAAUUCCUAGAAGAACAAUGUACUUUACGCAAGGCAGACAUGCCGGCUUCAACACGCAUUGUCAAAAUACCAGAGCUUAUGUUUCUGAUAGCGUCGUUUCUGGAAGAAGACAGUGCAUAUCAAAGCAUUGCCUCGUGUCUUUUAGUUUCAAAGCAGUUCCAUGUUAUUUUUGAACCUUUCCUUUAUAAAACCAUCGAUCUACGACGUAUCCGUCCACCUCAACCUAUCGAUUGUGUUGUUCUUCCUGGGGAAAGUCAGCCGCGAUUGCCAUUCCAAGAGACCCUUUAUCACAAAGGUCAUCUUGUCCGCUCUGUUCAUGCAGAGUUCCUUCAAACCGUGGUCGAUUCCCCAUCUUCCACGCCUUACUAUACCGGCCUUCAACUUCAUUUUUCCCACCUCUCUACUUACCUUCUUCCUUAUUGCUAUGAGCUCGAGUCUCUUCAUAUCUAUCAACAUGGCAGUUCGGUCCCAUAUUUUCAACAGGAAUAUUGGGAUCAUCUCAUCACUUUAAUCCAGCAAAAUCGUCGAACCUUGAAAAGCCUGACGAUUGAAAUGAACAUUCGCAUGAUCUUUCCGACAGCAGUAUGGGAAGCCAUCAGCGAUUUACAAGACCUCGUACACUUGUCAGUCUCUGGUGUUACCAUUAAUGGCUUUCUCGAGCAAUGCGACAAAAACCAUGGCGGCAGUAACACCAGCAACAGCCCGUUAUCGGUUCCACCUAACUUGGAGGCAUUUCUGGAUGCUUGUGAAAGAGCUGAAUCCUUGUUGCUCGAAAAUUUCUCAAUCACUACCCUCCCAGUUACGCAAGCUUACCUUCAAGAUCCUAAUUCGCGUUGGCAAGCUUUUGGAAAAAGGAGGAGGAAGAGCAAACCGUUCAAGAACUUGAUAACGCUAGACGAUUUUCCAUCUACAGUUCCAUUGUCAGAUCGAACAAAUCUUUUAAGCAAAUUAAAUUCCUCUUGCUCCUCUUCUUCUUCACUCUCUACUUCACCUUCUUCUUGUCAUAUCGACUCUGAAUGGGAGCCAGAAAUUGCUUUGGCCCGUGCUAACGCAAAAUGUCGUCUUGAUCAGGAACACCAAAUCCAGCGUCGUUAUCGUGAUCUGAAAUCUUUAAGAUAUUUCGGUCGUUCUGCUGUCGAAUUGACACUCUUUCGAUAUCUUCUAAUCCAAGGCUCGAAAUCUCUGACACACAUUAGCUGGAACACCCGCUUCGCCGAUUUUUAUCUUCCAGCCCGUAUCACUCUCUUUGUUGCUCGAUGCCUCGUGGAUGUAGCCACAGGCUGUAUUGGUGAGAAUAAUAACAAGGACUGGGACUUGCCUGCAAGAGGUCCUAAUGGCGAGGUAAUCGACUUUGGAUCCAUUGCCAUCACGGACCAACUCAUGCCAGGCAACCUUAUUAAUAACAAUACCGGCGCUAUCAAUGACAGUAAUAACAGCAAUAACAAUAACAACUAUGGCUUUACACCUCAUCAUGCCUACCAUAAACGAGGUUUGACAUCCUUGAGGAGUUUGGAGCUUUGGGAUGGCUUUCCUUUCACAGAUGACCAAAUUGCUCACAUCCUUGACUCACUAACCUGUCCUUUGAAAGAGCUGAAAGUUUCUGAAUCUGGAUUUGGAACAUUGUCUCUGGAUGCAUUAUUUCGACAGAAAGGAGCAGUAGAGAAGACCAUAAGUGAAUUAGGGAGCAAAAAUAGAGACAAAGAUCAUAAUAAUACAGCAGACGGUAAUGGCAAUGACAACACCUGCGGAUUAGAUAAUCGCUCCUCCAUCACAGAAGCUACUUUUCCUGGAAAUAUUGGGGGUAGUAGCGAUAGUACUGGAGAUGGAGGUCCAGAGACAAUUGGGCUGUCGUCUCAGUCGUUGCCAGCAACAGUAGCAGCAGCCGCAACUUGGAAACAACCAGGGUAUUUCAGAUUACCACAUUCUUCAGCGUUGGAGAAACUAGAUCUAACGAGCUGCCCAGAUGUUACUGAAGAGAUGGUUCAAGAGAUCCGGAUGCAUUGCCCCAACUUGAAGGAGUUGAUCCUCACAAGUCAAGACUAGAAAAAAGAAUAAUGUAUAAAUAGACAUUAAUUGGAACAUCUUGUAAGCUGAAGAGGCUACUGAAACAUUGUGCUUCGCUCCAAACCUGUG